AUGUCUGACACUGAAGUAAAGAAACAAGUCAUGUCUUUAAAUAAUACUAAUGCUGAGGGUCAUGAUGAAAUAUCUACAAAAAUAAUAAAAGCUAGCAUAGACAAAUUUAUUAGUGUUCUUACUUUCUUAAUCAAUUUAUCAUUUUCUACGGGGAUAUAUCCAAAUAUAUUAAAAUUGUCCAUAAUUAGGCCACUUUUUAAAAAAGGGGAAAAGUCUGACAUUAGGAACUACCGUCCUAUUACAUUAGUCUCAAUACUAUCAAAGAUUUUUGAAAAAUGUAUGUUGAGUCGAUUGUCGGACUUUUGCGAUAAAUUUAAUAUAAUUCGACCUGAACAGUAUGGGUUCCAAAAAAAUAAAUCAACAACUACUGCUAUUUUCACACUAGUAAAAUCUAUAUUAAAAGGUAUAAAUAAACAAUUGGCCACAACGACAGUCUUUUUUGAUUUAAGCAAGGCUUUUGAUUUUGUUCAGCACAACACGCUUUUAAAUAGGCUUGAAUCCGCGGGAAUUAGGGGUCUUCCUUUGGAUUUGAUUUGCUCUUAUCUAAAGGAUCGUUAUCAAAGUGUAGUAAUUACAAAACUUAACCAAAAAAAUGAAAUAGUAUCAUUUACUUCAGAAUAUAGAUGCAACGAAUGUGGUGUGCCACAAGGAAGCGUAUUAGGACCAUUUUUAUUUUUAAUUUAUAUAAAUUCUCUCCCAGAAGUAACAAACCACAGUUGCGUUCUAUUUGCCGAUGACAUUUCCAUUACAGUAAGGUCAAGUGAUAAAAUUGGUAAUAUUAAUGUUAAAGAUCAUGAAAUUGACAUCAAUAACGCAGUAGAAGCUAUCGGCGGAUGCUAUGCAGACAUCAAAUUAUCACCAGCUAAAAAAAUACAUAGAAACAAAGUGGAGGCUGUGUGUACCUGCAACAUGAAAGGUACACAAGUGCUUAGGGUAUCUCAAAAGAACAACAGAAAAGUCUACAUUGGAAAUUGUUUAGGACAUUCAUCGAAUGGUGCAACAACCUAUCUGGCAAUAGAAGAUGAAUCAGGCGAACGAUUGAUCUCAAAAAAGUGGACCAUAUCUCCAGCAUCAGACUUUCAAAUGAGAAACCGACAGUUGUCAUGUAUUCAGCAAGACUUAAAAGUGUUGUGUCGAACAAAUCAUUCGUCUAUAGUGCCAUAUUUUGCCAUGGAAAUGGUGAAAGAAACCAAACGGACAGGAAAAAUGACGUUCUUUUUGUUCAGAAAUUACGUACAUGGAUGUUCAUUGAAAUGUUUCUUGACUAUGUGUAAAAUCAGUGAUAAAUAUGAAGCAUUGAAACUCGUUAGGAACAUAGGAGUGGGGGUUUUUGAGGCACUAAAAAAGUUACAUAGUAUUAGUGUUGUGCAUAGAGACAUCAGAAGUGAAAAUGUGUUUGUGGACGUGCUCGGUGCGGUCAAGUUGGUCGGUGCCAGCUUAGAUGCAAGGUUUACGGAAAUGCAUGAAGGUGAUGACUUUUGUAGUAGACAGACUCCAGCGCAAGACAUAUACGCAGCAGCGCAAGUUCUGUUAUCCAUCUUAAGUUACGAAGGAACCAUUCAUGAAAUACCACCAAACUUGCCAAGCUCAGCAAAGGAUUUUUUCUCGAGAUGUCUCACUGAUGAUGAACAUUCCCAAUGGACCGCGGAACAGCUAGUGAACCACGGUUUCCUAGUCGAUCAGCCCGUUAAGCAACCCAGAGAUAAAUCAAAAGAUGAAGGCAGCGGUUCCGAGGAUGAUGAUCAAGUUAAGAAGAUCCAUCAUGUCAGUCCGCCUACAGACGGCCAUUCUCGGUUAAAUGAUGAGUUCGAAGUUCUCACUUGGCUCGGGAAAGGUGCCUUUGGUGACGUCGUCAAGGUGAAAAACAAACUGGACGGUGGUUUCUAUGCAAUAAAACGGAUUAAACUUAACCCCGAGAACGUCCAAUUGAACAAGAAGAUCACAAGGGAAGUGAAACUGUUGUCUCGUCUCAACCACGAGAAUGUGGUGAGAUAUUACAACGCUUGGAUAGAGUCGACAGUAGAAGCGCCGGAGAGUGAAGAAGCUAGUACUGUGGAACCUCCCACAAAGAAGAAAGCAGAUAGUCUGGAAGAGGUAGUCGCCAAAUUGGGUCAGGAAGUGAAGGUGGAGUGGUCAAUAUCAGACAAAGGUACCCAGCCCCGGUCUACGGACAGCGAGAGCGAAGGCGAUGCCGAUGAUGACAGUGAUGACGACAGUGAUGAUGAGCGAAAUCCGUGGUAUAACGUCACUAAAACCGAAGAGAAAUCGGAAGAGAGAAGCAGCGGUAUAGAGUUCCAAGCUGCCUCCAAUCCAUCAGAGACUAUACCGUCCGCAGAUGCCCCCGAUACUCCAAGACCUCAUUCGAUCCUUCUGCACCAAGUCUUGUUCAUACAAAUGGAAUUCUGCGAGAAACACACUCUCCGUCAUGCCAUAGACAAUGGGUUAUUCCAAGAACACUUCCGUGCUUGGAGACUGUUCAGAGAGAUCGUUGAAGGUUUGGCCCAUGUCCACCAGAGGGGCAUGAUACAUAGGGAUCUGAAGCCGGUCAAUAUAUUUUUGGACUCCAACGAUCACGUGAAGAUUGGCGAUUUCGGAUUGGCGACGAAGGCUUUGACGGGCCUGCCUGCAGAUGAUAAAUCCAAACAACAACAAGAAAUGACUGGUCAAGUAGGCACGGCCUUAUAUGUGGCUCCUGAACUUAUACAAGCGGUCGGCAAGGUGAUAUACAAUCAGAAGGUGGACAUUUAUUCCCUGGGCAUCAUUCUCUUUGAGAUGUUCCAUCCGCCACUAUCUACUGGCAGUGAGAGGAUCAAGGUGCUCACUAACUUGAGAACCAAAGAUAUAGUCAUACCAAAAAAUUUUGAUACAGAGGAGCAUUCGAAACAAUUACAUGUUAUUAAAUGGCUGUUGAAUCAUGACGCAAGUGUCAGGCCAACUUGCGCGGAACUAUUGGCCAGUGAGCAUGUACCGCGUCCUGUUCCAGAGGGAGCUUUGUCUGGCCUCUUAGCACAUACGCUUAACGAUAGAGGUGCUAGAUGUUACCAGCGCCUCAUAACCGCAUGCUUAGACCAAAAGCUAUCCGCGGCAGAAGAUAUAACCUAUCAUGGUGAUGUCAAAAGUAAACCGACGGAAUUAUUGGAAAAUCUCAAGGACAUUGUGAUCAACGUAUUUAAAAGUCACGGCGCCAAAGAGUUCUCGCCACCAUUAUUGAUGCCUCGCUCUAAAUAUUGGGAUUCAUACGCGAAUGCGGUCAAAGUGAUGACAGCUUCGGGGGCGGUGUGCCAUUUACCGCACGAUCUAAGAUUACCGUUUGCCAGGUAUAUUGCAUUCUCUGGUACUAAAUACAUGCGUCGUUACAUAGUCGACAGGAUUUACAGAGAGAAACACAUCCUUGGUUUCCAUCCGAGAGAGAUCAUAGAGUGUGCUUUUGACAUAGUCACUCCUAAAAUUGGCAAAGAUUCACUAUGGUCUGAUGCCGAGUUGCUAAUGGUAGCCAACCGUUGCGCGGGCACUCUCAGAGUGAUCCUUCAGCUGAAUCACACUGAGCUGCUCAGGAUACUGCUGCUGUCCUGCGGAGUGCCACUGGACAAACACGCCGACUUAUAUCCCGUGCUAGUCGACGUUAGGUUCGGUCGCAUAACCAAUCUUCAACUCCAGACCCAUUUGACGUCCUUAUGCGUAACGGACCAUGACGUGGCCAACUUGAUCAGUCUGAUGGAGGCGGACGUGCCCGUGUACGAAGUGAGGGAGUUGGUGACGUCACUCGUGAAGCAACCCAAGUGGCACAAGACAGCGAUGCAAGCGCUCGCCGAUCUGGAAUCGGUCUAUAGAAACGCUAGGGCGCUGGGAUGUGAGUGUCCGAUGACGGUUGCGCCGUUCCUAGCGUACAACGCUACGCAGCACAGCGGCGUGUUCUGGCAAAUGUCUGCGGUGAGGCAGGCGGAUCACAAGCCGAGUGCUAAACAUCGAUCCGGUGACGUCAUAGCGGCGGGAGGCAGGUAUGAUGUCCUCGUUGAAGACUUCUGGAAGGUUACCAACGAUAAUGCGGAGAUGAAAUGUCGCUCGGUGGGCUUCUCGCUCUCCUUGGAGAGGAUGGCGGCCAUUAUGAAAAAGAUGGAAUCCGAAUUGCCGACUCCUGUUAAUAAUAUCGAGUCAACGUUGAUAUGUGUAUGCAUAUCGGGUACAGCGGGUAGUAAUAAAGAAGGUAUAUUAGCGACGCGACGUGCGCAGUUAGCGAGGGAUCUGUGGGCGGGCGGGUUCAGCUGCUGCCCGUGGCUGGCCAGCAGCGAGGAUGCGCACGAAAUGUGCAAGGCCGGUAUAGUGCUGCAGCAAGACGAUCUAGCGGUACGGGUGUUAUGCUGGGGCAACGACAAAGUGCGCGAACAUAUGUUGUCGUCAAACACAGAUGUCCUAGAUUUUGUGAAGCAACAGUUGCAACCGGACACAAUACGAUCUCCUGAAAGUGGCACGAAUAGAUCGACCAGCUGGAAUGAAAACGACAAGUCGAACGGUCCAAAUACUUCUGUCACGUUCAUCACGGCCACCGACAGAAUGACCAAGACUUCUAAGAGGCAUUGCGAGAACCAGAUCAGCACACAGAUAAACACAAUUCUGAUUAAUCUGGGCCUCCAGCCAGUGCUCGGUAGAGUGAAAGUUCACGUGCUAGCGUUGGCAUGUGACGCGCCAAUGAUUCGUAUGUUGGCAUCACAACUCUCAACUCCUCUGAACACUGAAGACUUGAUAAAUGCCUUCCAGCCUGUAUUCGACAGCUUCUCGAAACACCAGUUUAUUUUAGAAGAAACUAUGAAGGAACUGAAGUUGGUAGCUAAACAGAGCAACCAAAAUAGAGCCAAUGACGAGACUCAACUGUACGCACUGUAUUCGAUAACGCAAUCAUUCUGUAAACUUAUUACUUGACCGGUUGCCGGACUGAUCGAAUAUAGAUCUUAUGAUCUAAUUAAAAAAAAUGAGGAAUGAUUUAAAUCAUAAUUGGAAACAUCCAUUUGAGUUUUUAACUAAUACAAUAGCGUUCGUGUGCAUAACAAAAUUUUCA